AUUCAUCCUGAUUUAGAUCAUGGUUGCCAAAAUGUUAUAAUAUGCAAGUAUGAUGUGAUUUUGCUCAGAUGUUAGAAUAAUUGGUGGCUAUAUAUAUAUGUAAUAGUAUACAGUAGGAAGCGAUGGAGAAACUUGUGAUAUAUUUCGUGCUCAUAGUAUUUUUUGGUGUACACAAAAUUCUUGCCUAUACAUCAGAUCAUACAAUGGACAAAUUAGAUUACAUGGAAGACAGGCUUAAUGCGGAAAGUGCCCGGAUUAAUGCGGAAAGUUCACGGCUUAAUGCGGAAAGUAAAGUCAGAAAGAAAGAGUUCAAUAUUUUGUAUAACAAACUUGGACACAUUGAAACAAUGCUUCAUAACGUGAUUGAAAUGAAAGAAACUAAAAGUGACACUUUUAGAUUUAAAGACGAAACUGGAACUGUAUCUGGUGACAAAAUGAAAACAUUACUUAACGCCUUCAAGGAAGAAAAAGUUCAGAACAUUAGAUUUCGACGAGAAAUAUCUUACGAUAUGCGCAAACAAACUGAACACCUAAAGAAAGCUUAUGAACGAAAUGAAAACAGCCUGAAUAAUAUUUCAAGAGAGGUUGAACUGCUUAGACAGGAAGUAGUAAAUCAACACGUUGAUUCAAAGGAAACGGCAAAGCAUUUCCGACAAAAUAUAGAAGAACAUAUUCAAGACCUGAGGCCUCCUGUAAACUUUACGAAAGAAACUGUUGAAACGAUUUCAUUAAAUGUUGAAACCCUUAAAGAACAGAUUGCCAAUAUAUCGGUAAACCUACAAAACGGUAUACAUUUUCAAAACACGUGUCCAGGCAAUGCACUUGAGGAAAAGCUAGAGGUGACCAGUGUUCAACCAGUCAAACGGUACAAAUCGUGUUUGGAAUUAUACAAUAAUGGCUUUAGGUCUAAUGGAGUUUUCGACAUAGAAAUACAUCAAUCUAAAGUUGAUAAAACAGUGGUACCAAUUUACUGCGACAUGGCCACUGACAAUGGAGGUUGGACUGUAUUCCAACGACGUCAAGAUGGUUCUGUCGACUUUUAUCGUGACUGGAAUGAUUAUAAAUAUGGAUUCGGCGGACUGGAUGGUGAAUUCUGGCUUGGCAAUGAGUACGUUAACAUUCUUACCGAUGAUGGUGAAACGCAUGAGCUAAGGAUUGAUCUUGAAGACCAUGACGGGAACCGUGCCUAUGCAAAAUAUAGUAAAUUUAAGGUUGGUUCAGAGAGCACAAACUACACGCUAGAAGUGAGUGGUUAUUCCGGUGAUGCUGGUGACUCGCUGUUCAAGCCUAGUAAUAAUUAUCGCAUACAUAACGGAAUGCAGUUCUCUACAAAGGACAGGGAUAAUGACAAAACAGAUAGAUAAAAAACAAGCACACAAACCCAUUUAUUUCAUCAACUCAGCCACUGACAAAAGUGAAUUGUGAAUGCAGGCGGUGACUUCUUAGCGCAGGCAAAGAUGUACCGAGUAUUCCAACGACGUCAAGAUGGUUC